UUUGAACUUGUCAACUAUUCGUGCCUCGGCUGCUCAGCACCGUUGCUCAGCUGGACUGUGAUCACAUCAUGUUCUUCAAUAACAAACUGCCUGUACUGAUGGUCCUGCUGACUCUUUAUGAUCAAGGCCGAACUGAAAAAAUAAUUGGAGGCCAUGUGGCUGAGCCACACAGCAGGCCGUACAUGGUGUUCAUAAGAAGGCACCUGGCCAACAAUGAAGAAUCAUUCUGUGAUGGAUUUCUUCUGAACGAGGAUUUUGUGAUGACUGCUGCCCACUGCCAAGCCAACAAUUAUACAAUUUACCUUGGAGUUGAUAAUACAAAAUCUUUGAAAAAUGACGACAUACAGGAUCGAACUGUGGAAAAAGCCUUUCCUCAUGAAAAUUACGACAAAAAUGCAUAUAUCGAUGAUAUAAUGCUCCUUAAGCUAAGCUCUAGAGCGGUGGUGAACAACUUUGUGAAACCCGUCGCUCUGGCAAGCCAGGAUGAUGUGACUCUGCCCAAAUCUUGCAUCGUCUCCGGCUGGGGUCAAACUCGUCCGGAUGGAGUGAUCUCUGACAAACUCAUGGAAAUGAAUGUCACAUUGAUUGAAAAUAGCGAUUGUACUAAACUUAAGUUAUACUGUUCAAAUGGAAAAGCUAGACCUGGUAAGGGGGAUUCUGGAGGUCCACUGGUAUGUGGACAAAACACCGCUUAUGGAGUUGUGGCCUUCAUGUCUCAAAGCCCAGAUGGUCAUUCAAUGGUUGCUUACACAAAGAUACCUUGCUACGUUGACUGGAUCACCUCAACAAUGAAAAAGGCUCUUAGCAAGAAAUAGAAGACCUUGCUAAUUCAAUCAUGUUUAACUUUACUUUUAGUAACUUCAUUGCUAAAAGUUACAGCAUAUUAUGAACAUAGUCCAUCCACCCACCCACCCUAGUGGGUUCUGGAGAGGGGCAGGGUACACCCUAGACAGGUCGCCAGUCCAUGAACAUAGUCUGAGUGUGAAAUUUGUUAAUAUUCUUCUAUAUUGAGUUUGAGAACCUAUUUUGACACUGAUGUGAAAUGUCAGUUUGUUGAAGCUAAACUUUAACAAAUGUUUGAUAACACCUAGAUAGUUGUAAAAUGAUUGGAGAUUCAAUGUGUGUGAAAAGAUUAUCCAUGAUUGUCCAUAAUUGGCUCUCCUCUAUGUUUGUGCUAUAUAUAUAUAUAUAUA